AAUAUUUGGCAAUUGGCAAUAACCAAUAACCAAAGUUUUUUGUUUACAUGCUAAAAAGUUCAUCUUUUAAAGAUUUUAAAUCGUUUUUCAAACGAAAAAAAAAACAACUUAAUCUCGUUAUCAGCAAUUAAAAAGCUCCUUAAACAAAGUAUAAAUCAUGUCCGGAGAUAGUUAUGAAAUAGAUCAGGAUGUAGAUUAUAUAGGUCAAGAAAAGGUAAAAUCAAGAGCUGUAGUAAAGUUCUCAGCUCCUAAGCCUGCAACAUUUGCUAAACUGCAAUGUAACACUGACUUGAAUCUACCUCCUUCUAACUGGUUAAGCAGUUCCGCUGAUUCAUAUGGAUUACAACGCGUUAUAUAUCAUCAGAAAGGGUUUUCCAGUUUUAGAAUGGCACAUAUGUUUCCAGACUGUGUAGGCGAGGUGGAUGUUGUUUCGGAUGCAGAAAAUAUUAAGAAUCUUCUGAAGAUUCCUUACAGCAAAGGACAUAUUAGUAUGAUGGUUCAUCGAGUUGAAAAUACACUCCUACUAGAUGAAUUUGAUAUCUACAAGCAUUUACUGAAAACUUCAGAAACUGACUGGGAUUGGCUUAAAAAGUUCUUCUUUGAAAAUGUAGACAGACAGUCUUACGAGGAAGAUCGACACCUGUAUUUGAAAAAUAGGACUCAGAAGGCUUUGAAACAGAAAAGUUUGGUCUCAAAGUUUUUAUAUCACAGUUUAGUGGAAAGCAAGGAUGAUGGCGAAGCUGACUCUGGUUCUAGACAUUUUCCAUUGCAACCUACCACCAGUAAAAGUCUGCAACCGCCACCUCUGCCAGACCCAUCACCAAGCUCAGAAUGUCCAGAUUCAAAUCCAUUCGAAUUUAAUCGCAAUGUAGCGUGGACUUUUGAGGAUAUUGAAAUGCUUCUUGGCACUGAUAUGCCGAUAUUUGGAGGUGGGACGCAUCCGUGCAUUUCUUUGAGGUUGCGAGACAUGAAUAGACCAAUUUCUGUACUUACUGGAAUCGAUUAUUGGCUCGAUAAUUUGAUGUCAAAUGUACCUGAAGUUGUAAUGUGUUACCAUCUGAAUGGCAUUGUGCAAAAGUAUGAACUUAUUAAAACAGAGGACUUACCGAGACUGAACAAUUCAAAGUUUUCCCCAAAGUUAAUUAGAGACGUUGCUCAGAGCAUUCUGUCGUUUUUAAAAUCAAAUGCUACGAAAGCCGGUCACACCUAUUGGUUGUUUAAAGGGAAGGACGAAGAAGUUGUUAAACUUUAUGAUCUCACUUCGCUUUGCUCAGAAGAGGAUGUUCAAAAGGGACAAAAUCCGUUUACUAUUCCCGUUGCUAUGUUGCUUUAUAGAGUCGCUAGGAAUAUGAAGCAUUCGCCGGAUAGAAGGCCACAACCCGGGACUAUUCGCAUGCUUUUAAAAAACACUGUGAAAUUACUAUCAGCAGAAAAAUAUCCGGAAAUCGUGACCUCAUCCCAUUAUAUGCUCUCCGAUUUAUAUAUUCCAGCGGAAGUAAAUCCUGAAAAUCCAAAUUUGGAAAGGUUUGAAAAAGAUGAUGAUGAAGGGAGUGUUUACGACGAUGAUGAAGAUUUGCCGAAUGAUGAUAAUUCUGUAUCUGUUCUUGACCUGGACAAGCGCGAAAGCAACGAAAAAUUCAGAAAUUUUUAUAAGCCACCGACUCCAUUAACUGGAAGCUUAGAAGAGAGGUGCAGCCAUGCAAUUAGUCACAUAGCUGCCGGAUUUAAAUGUUUGCCAUAUUUUAAUGAAAAAGACAAAGAGGAAACCAAUAGGGGAGCAGAGGAAGAGGUACCCAUGGCAAGACCUUUUGAACCAAUUCCAAUGCCAUAUCCCAAGCUAAAUGAGAACGUUAAAGCUGACAGUCAACUCGAAUCAGACUCCUCAGGUCGCACCUCUAAACGAUCUAAGAAGAAAGAUAAGAAGAAAAAGGAAAAAAACGUAGAGCAAAAAAUGGCACUGUUGCCUAAAGAACCGAAUGACGCUGCUUACCAUCCUAAGUGGCCUACUUUUGAUCCGAAAACCAUAUCUUGGAAAGGGCAUUUAAAAACGUUGCUACUGGAAAAGGCUGUCUUAGUCUAUGCCACAUUAGCAGAAUACUAUAUUUCUCGGAGCAUGUAUGGAGAAUGCCUUCGAGUCUUAGGGCUGCUUGCAAGAUGUCAAUUGGCGUUAGAUCGAGCUCAGUUAAAAGGUGGCAGUGGAGUUCUAAGACUGAGCUGUUUGUUAGGAAGAGCGGGAGACGCUUGUCUUAUGAUAGUACAACAUUGGAAAAGUGUUGAUGUCUAUAGAGAACAGUUGCAAUCACACCAUUAUGAAGAUGAACUCUUGUUGGAGCAAUUAGAACAGGACGAAAGAGUUUGCCGCGUUAGUUUGGGGGACAGUGAUAUCAAAGUUGUAUUUGUUCAUGACAUUAGAACCAUUGAGCAAAUGUUGCUUAAAACAGUGGAAUGUUAUGAAGGUGCAGCGAAAAUAUCACCUUCGGAAAGUAUAUCGUUCAGGUUGGCGAAUAGCUUAAACGAAUUAGCAAGCUACUACUUGAAUGUUGCGAAACAAUCUACCACCGCAGAAGAUGCAAUUUUUGCAUGUAAUAAGAGCGAACCAUAUUUAACGAGAGGCUUACAAAUAUUCGAAAAUCUAAACAACGAUGCCAAUAUCGCACUUUUAAACUCCAAUAUGGGUCAUCUACAUAGACUUCUGGCUUUUGCACAUAUGCCAACGGACAGGGCUGAACUGACCCCACAAGAACGAAAACAUUUCAACAAAGCCUAUCAAAGCUACAAAAGGGCGCUCCGCGCUAUAGGGGAGAGAAAACAUUGCCCUGGAAUAUGGGACGCUGUCACAUGGGAACUAAGUACUGUUCUGUAUACAGUUAGCGACAUUUUACAUAAGAAUCCACCCACAGACGUCAGUCAAAGCGAUGCUGAGAAACAAGUUUUGGAAGCAAUUCAAACCGCUUUAGAUCAUUGCGACCUAGAUGAGACGAAUCCAAAAUAUCCUCUUUAUCAGUUCAGAGCCGCCAUGUUGCACGUUAAAUGUGGAUGCCUUUGGCACUCUCAUAUCUGUAAUCCUGCCGCCUCAGAUACCAAACGGUACUCAGUUCAAUUAGCUCAACAUCAUUAUGAAAAAGCUUCGAAGUUAUUUUUCGAAGCUGGGGAUGCCAUACAUUUCCUUUCCUGUGAGAUGCAUAGAAUGGCUCUGACAGAACAUCUAAUUGAAUAUAGCACAUCUGCAGCAACUAAAUUGAAGCAUCUUCAAUCGGCAAUAAAAUAUUUUCUGGAAAUCAACAAAAUGUUGGAAAUGUUGGUGAACAAAAAAGUCCAAGUACCAGUUGAACAAAAAACGUCCACUUCAGACGACACGUGUUUUGAAUCAUUGCAGUCGCUACUAAUAUUAAUCAAAAAGCGCUUGCAACAUACGUUGAAAAUGUUGAUUAAAAUAUGUCUUUCGAAACCGAGUCCAACUAAGGAUUCUCCUAAGUUGGCGGAAAUGUACAAGGCUUGUUAUAAGGUCACAUUUAGUUUAUCAGACGAAGCUGAUUGUGAUGAUCUUUUACAAAGUUUGUACGAUGCCUUAGUCAAAAUUUCUGAAAUACAGUCUCAGUGACGUUUAUAACACAAAUUAUUUUUUGUAAUUUACAUAUAAAUUAAAUGUUUCAUUAGAA